UCUUUCAAGAUGUACUCGUAUUUUACUUUUCAUUUAGAAUCUGAUUUAUAUAUAAAAUGUGUUAAUGUAUGUCCAAAAAUGAUAUCGAACGUUCUUACGACUAAUUUCAUAGCGAAUUAACGUUAACCAAUAAUAUCCCUUAUUUCAACGAUUAAUCGAUAUCAUUGUUUUUCGUGAAAACAACAAAUAGCGUUCAAAGCUAUUCGAUUAAAUUACAAUCGAUGAAUCUUAAAAAGAAAAAGAAAAGGAAAGAAAAGAAAUAAAAGAAAAAAAUUUCCUCUUGAAAUGUGAAUUAAGGAAAACAUAACCUAAGACGAUUCAAUUGAUAUAUGAAUACGUUUACAUUUAUGGGACAAUGAUUGCGUUAGUAUUUUAUUUUAAACGAUACUGAUUAUAUAUAUAUAUAUGUGUGUGUGUCUGUGUGUGUGUGUGUGUGUGUGUGUGUAAAAGAUAUAAUUUGUAAGAAAGUACCUAAAGAUGGUAUUGAGUUUUAUUUGUUAUCAACCGAGUUAGUUACCUUACUCUUUUAGUUAUGUAGAAAUGUUUUUUAACGACGUUCGAUAAAACAAUUGUAAUUGAAGUGUAUAGUUCCUGUUAUACUCUGAUAAAGUUUAAUCGCUUAAUAAUUCGAUCAAGCACAACGUCCCUAUAACGUUAGAAUCAUUAUCUGAACGAUUUAACAUAGCUAACUGAUAACAAAGUCGUAUAACGAUACAUCGUUAUAUAUUUAUUAUUCGUAGCGCUAGUAUCGCAAUGAGAUACGUUUAAUAUCUUAUUGACAAUACGUAAAACAAUUGUGUUCAAAAAUUGUUUAUUUGAUAUAGGUCCAAUGGUAUAAAUAAUUAUAGAAAUAAUUUUGAAGUAAUUUCAUUGAAGAGUACUUAAUAAUUAUGGCAAGAUAUUCGAGUGAUUCAGAUUCAGAUUAUAGCAGCAGAUACAGAAGAAAACAUAGCAGAAAAUCUAGAUCCACCAGUUCGGACACUAGUGAAUCUUCACCGUACCGUAAGAGAUCAUCUAAACAUUCAAAAUCAAAAAGACGACAUCGUUCACACUCCAGAAGCAGAGGUAGAGAUAGAAAUUCGAAAAACUAUAAAGGUGGUAGAAGCAAUUCGGGUGAUAGAGAAAAACGUCGCUAUCGUUCUCGUACACGUAGAUCGCAUUCUUCUGAUCGUAGCAAAAGGAAAAUGAGAUCUACUUCUAGAGACAAAUCUAGAAGUCGUUCUAGCAGUUCGCAGUCUACCAUUAAACCUAUACUUGAGAAAUCUAAUAAUCCCAUAACUAAAGAUGACUUUUUAAUUGAACCACGUAUCAAGGAAAGUGUACUAGAAGAAAUAAAUUCUGAAGGAUUUACUCCUAAACAAUUUACUUCGUCUUCUCAUACGAAAGAAAGUAAAUUUAAAAACAUUGUCAUUGAUAUUAGUGCUGAUACUAUUCAAAUUCCUACGGUAGCUGAUAUAAGCACCGUACCAGAAAGUAUAUUCCAUCCUUCGAUUAUGCUCGAUCAAGACGCUCGUUUUGAUAAAUGGGUUAAGAAACUUUAUACGCUUAGGCAAAAAGCAAUAGUUGAUAUGACACACGGUAAUUCUACUUGACGUUUAGUUGAUUUAGAUAUAUGAUACUUUACAUUUUGUAAAUAAAUGAAUAUGUCAUUCAUUAUAUUAAAAUAUUCCUAUUAACUACA